AAUACAAAAGUAGAAAAAAACAAAAUAUUGUUCAGAAAAACAAAGUUUCAGGGUUUUUAUUGGUCUAGAAAAUGGUUUUAGUUUCUUUCCAGGAACCUUCUUCAAAAAGCUUUGCUGUAUUUAGCUGGGUCCAAUGAAUCGGGUUCUGAAUGAAAAACGGCUCGAUGGUUGUGGGCUUUCUAUGAUACUAAAAGAAAAACAUUUUCCAUUUAGGAAUUUAUCAUUCAAAUUCUCAGCCUAAAUAGUUAAACAGCGACAUCAGGUCCAUUUGCUGGAGGGCCACGCUGGGACCGUUCUGGACCUGCGGUGGGGGUGGCCACACAAAAUUAUUCCAAGGGCUGCCCUUCGGACGCACCUGCUGUAGACACACAUGAAGAAUUCCCACAUCAUGGAGUCCACAGAGAGCCGGUAUGCCCACCUGCUGCAGCCAAUCAGAGAGCUCACCAAGAACUGGGAGAUCGAUGUGGCGUCUGAGCUGAACGACUACCUGGAGGAGCUGGACGAGAUGUGCAUCACCUUGGAUGGAGGAAAAACCAGACUGAACUUUGCAGAAGCUGCCCUGCUCAUUCAGGGAUCCACCUGCAUAUACAGCAAGAAGGUGGAGCUGCUUCACACCCUUGUGUACCAAACGCUGCAGUACAUCAACAACAAGAGCAAGAAACGGAGCAAAGAGGCGGCGGAGGCUCUGCACGGAGCUGCAGGAGCUACACAGAUGAGUCAUGAUGCUGAGGAUGUGGAUGAGUUCACUCCUCUGGAGACGGAGGUGUGUGAAACCUUCCUGAAGUCUGACCUCGACACGAUCGUCAACGUGGUUCCUCUUCCUCCAGAAUCUUUGAUUCCUCCUGAAACCCACGAGAAGAACAAGCUGCCACUCAUCAGUGUGAAGGGUGAGGUGGUGUGCAGCCAGAAGGACUUCAGGAUCAACCUGUUCAUCCCAGGGCAGGAGGACCUGAUCCUGCUCAUGUCAAAAUCAGCUGCAGCUUCCAGGUUCCUGCUGGAUCAGAAUCUCGAACCCAUUGAGAUGGAGCUUCCAGCGGAAGCAGCAUCCACCAUUCCUCCUGAUGACGCUGCAGAGAACUUCCUUCCCAUCAACGAGGACAUGGAUCUGGACCAGGAUCCAGAGGAACACAUCGAGCGGCAGCAAGUCUCAUCCCAGGCUCAGAGUGAAGGGCGGAUGAUCCGAGAGAGACGGGAUUUGGAAGUGGAGAAGCAGAAUGAGAUGAUUCCAGCUGCUGUGGAGACCUGGACUCUACAUGACCCGUACUCUGUCAACGGAGAGGAUAAACCCUUCAAACCAGGGAAGUGCUACAAAGUUCCCAACGGUCUGGAUGAUGGAGGGAAGAGGAAAAGGAGACGACCAGCGCUCCUUCAGGACUUCAGGACCUGGUUCAGCGGAACCUUCGAUCCCCCGGAGCCGAAGCUGAAAGUCGGACCAACGUUCCCAGACCUGAACUACAUCUACCUGAGCUUCAUAAAGGACAAAGUGAAGAAGCAGAAGAGGAUCUGCAGGCGAGCGGGCGUGGUGAUGUCAGAGGAGGAGCUCCGGAGGACCUUCCUACAGCCAGAAGAGGUUGAGCCUGUGGAUGAGUUCAGACAUGCUGAGCUGUCGGUUCAUCCGCUCAGGUUUCUCCUCCUGCUUGGAGCUAAGAACUCUGACCCAGUGACACCAGUCAGAAGUUGCUUUGUGUUGAUGCUGCGUUCACUGACCUCAGCUCAGAUCUGUCCUGGGACUUCACUGAAUGCUUCAUGGUGUGGAGCUCAAGGUGGAGAUGACGACAGCUCGGACAUUGAACACGAUGGGCUUCCUGACGACAUUCCUCCAGAGAUUACUGGAGGACCGGACUUCAUCUCUCCUGAGGCUCAGAGGGAUGAUCUGACAUAUGAAGAGCUCGUGCAGCUCCGGGUCGAGCAGCUGCUGGUGCACAGUCUGGGUUACACCCAGGAGACUGCUCUGUCCCGCAGAGUCAAGGACUGGGAGGACAAGAUCCAGCCUCAACUGGUGCUGCAGGAGGAACGUCCACCGUUUGAUAUCCACGACUAUGGAGGGAGGAUCGUCAGAAACCUGAGCAGCGUUGGCUGCCGAAGGUCGUUCGCUUCCAUCGUUCGUGGUUUGGACAACUUCGAGGCCUGCAAGUACCUGCUGGCUUCUCUGCAGCUGGCCAACGACUUCACGGUGGAGAUCGACAGCGCUGCAGGUCUGGAGGACAGCCUGGACACCAUGAGCCUGACCCUGCUCAGCACCCACAGAGCAACAGAUCGGUUCAAGACUCUGACGACUUCCAGCUGAACGGACAGUUGGUCCGGUCCUGAUUGUUGCGUGAACUCUGGCUGUCCACAUCCGUCCCUUCUAAUAAAGGCAUUCCUGAUAAAACCUCACCUGUGGAAGUUCUUGUUCCAGGUGUUGGUUCCUUCAGCUGAAUGAGCUUUAACCUGAAAUGUGUCUCCAACACACAGAACAUCUUCCCUUCUGUUUUCGGUCAAAUUUAAUAAAAUAUUCAGACUUUUUGCAAACAGGAA